AUGGGUUCAAGAGGCCAGCAGAUCUUCCGGACGACCAUGUUCAAGGUCCCCGAUCCGGCGAACCAGAAGAAGUUGGUGGAGAUGUACAACAAGCUUGCUGAGGAGCAGAAGAAGGACGGCAAGCCGUACAUCCUCUACGCCUGCGCCGGCACCGCGAAUCCGGAUCAGAGAUCGAAGGGGUAUACCGUUGUGGCAAACAUGAAGUUUGCCAGUUUGGAUGAUAUGAAUUAUUAUGACAACGAGUGCCCCACGCAUGCGGCGUUGAAGAAGGCCGGGGCUGGGUUGGGGGUGGAGGAGCCGCCUUUGGUGGUGUACUUUGAGGGGACGCCGGCGUUGAUGGUGAACUAG